AUGGCCGGCCGCAAACGUCUACCAGGUGCGGUCUAUGAAGGCGACAUCGUCGUCAUCAAGAUUGACGAUCGCGGGCACGUGCAUUCGGAUGGCUUUGUGGACGAGCGCCUUGGCUGCAUUAGCGACGUGGCAGGAGGAAAGAUGGACGGGUGCCUCUUCCGCAUCACGCCGCCGCUUCAAUACGAAGCCCAGAAACGACUUGCAAAGGCACCGAAAGCGUUCGCCAACGCCGCCAAGCUCCGAGAGUCCACUACCCGCGGCCAGCUUGUGCACUUUGGCCAACCACUCCAGCUGCAGCACGUCCAGUCUGGCAAAUUCAUCUCGACCAUCUCCAAGACCGUCGCCGAGAUGGACAAGGUGUGCAUGAGGCUCUCUCUGGUGGCCCACGGGUCUUCCAAAUGCCACUUUACGUUGGUGCCAUGCUUCAAGACCAAGUCGAUUGGCGACACUGUCGGCUAUAACGACGCGGUCUGUAUUGCCCGCACCAAAUCGCCCGCGUCGUUUCUGCACAUGAGCUUGCAUCCAAUCAACAUGGAUCGACUCGGUCGCCACGAGAUCAACCUCCAUACGCAAGAGACGAUGCUACGCUUGGUGCUGUACGCGUCGCCGCAUCUGAAGUCGCAUGCGGCAUGGGAGGCUGGCAAGGUCUACCGCCUCCACCACAUUGACGCCAACGCCUUCGUGACCGUAUCGGCGAAUCGUCACAUGGUAAAAGCACCGUACUUACGCCCGUUGGCCGCCAGCACGUCCGUGAGUGCCUCUGAAAACAUGUCGUUGAAAGCCCUCUUUGUCCUCGAACGGCAAGACCGUCUGCGAGGCGGUGUGCUCCACGACGUCACCGAGCCCGUUCAGUUCCGGCACCUGCUUUCAGGGCGCUAUCUCACUGUUUUGGAGGACGGCACGGUCUCCGUGAGAGAAUCACCGCCCUUUGAGAUUCUUCCGUGUACGAUGAACGAGCAGUCAACACGCGACAUCUGUUUUAUCCAGGUGUCGGGCCGCGGCUAUCGACUGCACCAUCCAAGCCGUAUCAAGAGCAACCGAGACGGACGUUCGUCGCAGCAUUUACAGGCCAGCGAGCAGCUUCAUGCGACGCGCCAGCACUCGGACGAAGACGGCUUUCGGCUGCUUCCAGUAUCCGCAAGCGAGCUCGCAGAAGCCAAGUUUAUAAUCAGCGCGGUCGCCUUCCUUCAGGCGUACCGCGGGCUCAUCGCAUCGGCCAUCUCUCGAGGCGCCCCGAUGCCGCGGUCUCUGGUCGCUGACGCGCUGGCUGCGCUCAACGCGAUGCUGCACUUUUCCUCGAUUGGUCACCGCCAAAAGCAAGCGCGGGAAGCCAAGGUCUUGGACGUCCUGUACGAAAUGCAGCGCUGCGUUCUUCGUAUUGAACCGAUUGCGCGCGACAUGGCGACCCUUGCGCGGGACGGGUCGUUUCGCGCGCUGCACCGCGUCCAUCGGCUCGUCAACCGGGUGCUCGUGUGCCUUUUGACCGACAAUGCACACAAUAAGAACUAUGUGGCCACGCGCACCGCGCAACGCUACUACAACGAUGCGACUGCCUCCAGCACCGUGUAUGCUCGAGAGACGCUCGGCUACAUUGGGUCCGAGACCGGGUCCAAAACCGUGUAUGGUACACUGUUUCUCAACGACCCAACGUUGUUGGCGACCGUCGACGCCAGCGUCGUUGCGGCCUGCUGCAAGCGCAUUGAAGCCCAAGGCGUCAAGGCCGCGGGCAUUCUUCACUUUUUGGCGAUUAUCUGCGCCUGCGACGGCAAAAGCGUCCCGGCCAAUCAAGAGCUGGUCGUUGACGUGUUGUUUGCAGCGUCGAGCUCGGUGCGCGAUCGGCUCUUGAUCGAGACGUGCGAGUGCAGCACGCAUCGCCGAUCGGUGCCGCCAGCCAUCAAAACCAUGACGGACGCCUUGCCACCGGCGCUGGCGUCCAUGACCCCGACCCCACGACCGCUGGGCGCCGACAUCCUCCGCGAUGGGUUUUCCAACAUUGCCAUUAGCUGGAAGGCGUAUACCGAGUGGCGCGCUGGCGACGCUAGUCUCUUUCUCACGUCGACGGAGCUCGGACUCACGCCGAUGGUGGGGGUCGAGAAGCCGCUGGACUUGGCAGCGUACCAAGCGCAACUCACAGACGUCUCAUUGCACGCCGCACAUGCGAGCGAGGCACCGACUGCGACACCCGUACGAAAAGGGCUGUCGCUGGGACGACUCCUUCUUGCGUCACUGAGUCACAGUUCGUCUAUCAACUCGGAGGCCAGUGCUGACUCGUUUGUCGCCGACCGCCCGAUUGCUCCGAUUGCAGAAGAGUCGAUCUCGACCGAGGCGACAAUGACGCCGGCGGCCAAUGGGAAUGUGGUGACGGUAACCCCCAGUCAACGCACAAGCAUCCAACUGAGCGAUAAUGCCAGCAACGCAGAAGGUGUCGAUCCAGCCUCGACAACCAUGGGCGCCGACGUCGAUCUGCAGCCACCACCACCUCCACGACAUCUGUCGUCUGGCGACGAAUGGGUCGAGCUCGAAGCGGUCGUUUGGACGCUUGACCCGGACAGCGUUUACCACCUCGUCUUUCCUGGGCAAACGUGGGCAGCGACGCUGGCAACGCAUCGCAAGGAUAAGAACGCGAAAGCGCAGUUCGACUUACUUCACGAUCUGGCGCAGUACUAUUACCUCAGCUGCUUCUCUUCGUCGAGCUGCUUCGCGGCAGCAACCUCCAUGCAGUCAAGGUACGCCUCUGUGCUCAAGCCGCAGCUAAGCUACACGAUGCUGGUGGCCGCCAUCGCGAACGAGAAGCUCCCGAAUACCGUGCGGAUGGCGUUUACCGUCAUUAUGCACCACUGCUACGUCAUGUGCUUUCCACACGACCACAUGAUCUUUGCCACCAAAGUGCACACGAUCGAGUCGAUCCCUGCCCUUUCGUCUCGCGCCACCGGGCCCGUGCCACUGCCCCACUUUGAACUACCGCCGACGCACCCUGCCAACGUCUUGUACCCGGCCGACGACAUGCGCUCGUACCCGUAUGCGAUCAAAUUUCAGCUCUUGCAAGCGGUGCUCCAUGCUGCACUGAGUGCCGUCGCGACGGUCCGCGUCGUCGAUGCGACGCUGGCCCAAAACGCGUUUGCGUCGGCCAUUCUAGCGAUUGUGCACGACCUCCUCCUAUGCGGGUUUUACGGGGAUUACACGCUCCAAAAGACUCUCGCGCAUGUGCUCUUGUGCCUCCUCGACGGCCGCAACACGCUCGACGGUAGCUCGCGCUAUGUGCGAAGCGCGCUACACGAUGCGAUGACCAAAGUCAAGACGCAGAUCUGCGACCUCCUCUCGACCAUGACGCGGCUCUGGCGCCACGUCGAGUGCGUCCAUUUACUGUCCUUUUUCAAAGCCAAGUAUGCGCAUCCAAAGUCGCGGUUGCUCGCGCAGUCGCGCGCCCAGCGACGUCGGCGCUUGCGGCGGCAAUUGGCGGCUAUCCUCGACAAGACACCACAUUUAGAUCUGAUUGUGGUCUCGCACCUCUCGCUCAACUACAUUUGCAUGGACUUGCUCAUGUACGAAGAUCCGGAACUUGUCCAGGCCGCGCUGACCUUGCACAUUGAGACCAACUCGAGGAAAGCGCGCGUAUUUGAAGCCGUGCUGCAGUGCUUGGUGCUCGAGUCGAACGAAGCACCGGCGACACGGACCCUCGCGCUGCCGCCGACACAAGUCCUCGACGACGUCCGCGAGCUCCUCCCGACUCUACGGCACCUCGCACACCUCUUCCCGGACGCCCGUCUCUGCGCCGACGUGCGCACGGCAGCGGCAUCCGGCGUCCUCGCUGUCGCGCAACUGCUUCUGGAGCAACUGCAGCAACUGCAGACCUACGCGUGUGACAAGCACCGACUGCUCAUGGAGCGCUCGAGCAAGCGUGCGUCCACAUUCUGGGGUCUCCUCUCGGACGGCCCCGUCGCCGUGCGGUACACGCCCAAUGCGACAGGCCAAGCCAUUUUGCUUCUUCUGGACGUCCACAAGGUGGCUUUAACGCUCUUGGCGGCACAAAUGGUUGCAGACACGUCGGUCCAAGACGCGCAGCGCCAGGUGCAAGCAGAGGCAUGCAAGCUCCUCGUGCUCCUAUCGACCAAAAAUCCGCUGGGGCAGCGACUUUUGUUUGAGAACCUAAAGGUCCUCUGGCGCCUCCUCGACACGGUGGACGGUGUCGGCGACGUGGUCCUCGCCGUCUUUUUCGAGAAUGCGCACCUCUCGCACCGCCUGCCCGCCGAGGCGAUCUGGACCAUGGGCCGGCUCAUCGAGACGCACGCGGCCAAGCUGGACGACGCUGUGAGCGGGCCCAAGGCGUUUGCGACGAUUAGCACCAUCUUUGACUUCUUCCUGACAUUCAUGGCUCCCGAUGACGUGCCUUUAAAGAAGCAUCAGACCGCAGUCCACAACGUCCUCCACCACGCGCAAUUUCAACACAUUUUACCCGACGCUGCGGCCAGUGUCACUCCCGACGAUGACGUCGGCUCGGACGCGAUUGUUCAGUCGCUCGAUUACCUUGCGUGGCGCACGCGGCUGCAAUCGCCCAAAGACCUGCGUGGCGCGUACUUGCAAAAGGUGCUCAUUGUGCUCGCGGGACUGGCCGCGGGCAAGAACCGAGGCGUCGCGCUGCACUACCAGAAGAGGUACCCGUUGAAUUGGUGUCUCAGCGUCCUCCUCGAUGCGAAAAUGCCACUCGGCUUCAAGCUCGUCAUGCUGCGCUUCUUCACCAAUGUCUACCUCCACGGCGACGUCGAUCUGCACUUGGGCAGCACCGCCACCGCGGUUCGCAACGUCCUCCUUCAGAGCGCGUCCUUGCUCGUCGACUAUGGCUCGAGCGCCGGCCGCCGGUUCCUCUCGACGCCCCGCGAGACCCAAUUCGCCAAGCUGCUCGAGACUUAUGUGUUUGACGGGCUCCUCGGAUUUAUCACGGUCUUUUGUACCCAGCACAUGCUGGCCCGCCAAGCGGAAGACUCGGACGCCCAUGUGCACGAGACCCUCGCCCACGCGCUGGAGCAUGUACGCACCAACGUCACCAUGACAUCGCAACAGACGCUGGCGCUUGACGCCUGUAGCCGCGCACUGCACACCGGCGUCCACCGCCAAGACAAGCCACGCCGCGCGUCCCACGUAGCCGUGACGAGCGAGCAUCGUGACGACGACGCGACGGGCCAAUUGAGCUUUCACGCGUUCCAGUUGGAUAUUUUCGAGUCGGACGAAGUCGCGGCGGUCACGGCUGCGGAAGCCAACCGCCUCGUCGUCCUCUGGGCUGAGAUUGAGCGCAAGAUCGGAAGCAACCAACACAGCUCCAACAUGACCACGCGUCUCUUCUACACGCGCGUCAUGGCCUUUCUGAGAGCGCAGCCCGCGUCGCCGUCGGCCGAGCUCGUGCUGCACGUGCUCCACUGCCUCGUCGCGCGCUGCCGCCUUGACGAGGCCGUUAAAAAGCGAAUGCUGCUCUCUGAAAUCGAAGAGGCCAACGACCGGUGCAGCCACACACAGAGCUUUCUCGCCGCAUGCGGCGCGCCGCAGCUUGUGCUGACGCUGCUCUCGGGCAACCAGUCGCCGUCCACGAUGACACAAGCUCUUCUCUUGGGCUUGGAGCUCGUCCGUGGAGGUAACAUCGCAGUCCAGCGCUCGUUUUACGAGAGCUUCAAGUCUGGCGACGAGCAGUUCUUUGCGACGGUCGAGACGAUUUUGGGUGCCAAUAUCGACGCGCUCAAAGAGCGUCGACGCACGUCCAAGAUUCGCAUCGAAGGUCUUGCGCCCAUGAAAAGCAAGCGACGUCGCUCCAGUAUACAAGCCGGCUCGGCCAUCUUGCUGCCCGAAGCGUACAAUAACGCGCUGCACGACACCGAUCUCGUGGAUGCCGACUUGCUGCUGCAGUUUUUGACGGCGUUGGUCGCGGGGCACUUUCUUCCGACACAACUGCUCUUGCUCGACCAGCGCGUCGCCUUGGGCCAUGCCAAUAGUGUCAACAUCCUCCAUGUGGUCACGACGUAUCUGCGUUUGCUUGUCAAGGACGAUGUCCAAGUCCGCGACAUGACGGCGGCCGACUGCUUGACGCUCUCGCAUUGCUGGAAGUUUCUGAUCGAGUGCAUGCAAGGCCCAUGCAGCGCCAACCAAGAGUUUCUCACGACAUCGUCCAUGGUGGAUGCAUUCGGAAAGGUGCUCCGCGCCGAAAUCGCAGUCUCGACAGACCGCGUCGACGCGCCGCGCCCCGACGACAUCAAGAAACUCAAGGCGCUUGCGGUCAAGGCCAUGGUGAGUCUCCUCGAAGGCCGGUCCAACGACGACGUGCAAGACCGACUUCGCAGCAUCCUCGCGCUGCCGCUGCUGAAAGCCCGUCUCAUCGCGCUGUACACCCAAUUUCACGCCGAGAAGGACUUGCACGUGGACGACACCACGUGGGACGAGCGGUUUUUAGAAGAGGGCGUCAACCUCCUCACGCUCGCCAAAGGCGUCUUUCAUGCAGAUCGACUCGUGCCGCCGCCGGACCGCGCGACGAGUGCGCCCAAGCGCGCCAACUUUACGAGCCCGAUCGAGUUUCAAGCCGCGGCGGCCGCGUACGAGGACGCGAUUUUGUACCGCAAAACGUACGCGUUCUUCACGGAAAUGCACUGCGCGGUCGAAGUCUACUGGCGCGGGCGCAUCGAACUCGUCUUCUUUCCGUUGCCGUCGCACUGCCGCAUGCUGCAGUUUCUUAGUGCCAAGAAGCGCGCGCUGCUUCAGUCCAUGCGCUACGACUCGAACGACCGCCUCAAGCAAUUCAUGCGGGCACUCCCGAGUAUGAACGAAGAAAUGGCGCACGUCGAAGCCCUCAGUCAAUUCUGUGUCUACAACGCGCUGCGCCCGUACAUUCCGCUCUUCAAGACGUUGAGUUUCCUCCUCGCGAUCUUCAUGAACCUCAUUAUCCUCGUCUCGAUCGAGCACCAAGAACAAGAGCUUAGCGACUAUGUCUACAUCCCGAGCAGCAAGCUCGAAACACCCAUGUUCCUCUGCGGCUUGUUGCAAAUCUUCCUCUCGACCGCCGUCGUUGUCUUUAUGCUCGUCAUCAGCAUUCCGCUCGUCUUCCGACGCCGGCGCAACGCGAUGCGCAAGCGCGCGCUAGAAGAGUACAAGCAGCGAAAAGCCUUCUCCGACACCAUUGCCGACAGCUCCGAGCUCGACGUGCUCAAAGCGAUGGCGGAGCAGCGCGUCCAGCGCUGGACGCAGACGCUUUGUGCGAUCUACAGCGCGUACCUUCCGUUCGCCAAAUUUAUUGUGCUCUUGUACGUGUGCCAGUUUGCGAUCGAGCACACGUUCCCGACCUUUCCAGCCUGGACCCUCUAUACGGUGCUCUUCUUCCCCGUCGUGCGCAGUACACGGACGUACCUCGAGACGAGCGGGUCGCUCCUCGGCCUUCUCUUCACCUUCGCGUACGAUGUGCUCGUUGAGAAGCUCACGGCGUUUUACCUUGUGUACCUCUGCACGGCCGUGCUCGCGACGUUUUACCACCCGGUUUUUUACUUUUACCACUUGUUGGACCUCGUCAUUAUGAACCCGUCGCUGCAAAACGUGGUGCUGGCCGUGACGACGCCGGCGCGGCUCCUCGGCCUCACGGCGCUCCUCUGCUUGUGCAUUUGCUACUUUUACGCCAUGGGUCUCUUCUUCUUUGGGCCUGCCAACCUCACCGACGUCGACCGCGCGAUUCCAUACUGCGCGACCUUGCUCGACUGCUUUGUUACCGUGCUGCACCGCGGGCUCGCGGGCGACGGCGGCAUUGGCAGCUUCAUGUCCAACGCACUGCAGCACCCGCCCAACUUUUUCAAUCGAGACCAAUACUGGUGGCGCUUUGUGUUUGACGUGACGUUUUUCGCGCUUAAAGUCGUUUUACUCAACAUGGUGUUUGGCAUCACGAUCGACACGUUUGGCGAUCUGCGCACGCAAGCCGCGCGCAAGGACGAUGUGCGGCGCAACGUCUGCUUCAUCUGCGGCCUCGGACGCGACGUCUUCAACGCGCACUACCUCGCAUCCAGCGGUCUCAACAACGGCUUCGAGAAGCACAUUGCCGACGACCACAACAUGUGGUCGUACCUCUACUUUAUGGUGCACGUCGAAUCGCUGGACGCGACCGAGUGCACUGGCCCCGAGGCGUACGUCAAGGCGUUGCUUCUCAAGCACGACGUCGCGUGGUUUCCCCAAGGGAUGGCCAAGUGCCUUGCGCCAACGACGACGACGUCCGUCGCACACGACAUGGACGACGUCAAGAACGCAGCCGACGUCGCGCUGCAAAAGUUUCAUCUGCGCCGCGACCGCCGCAACUCGAUGCGCUCCGUGUAG